UGUCUUCUAACUGUGGAUUUCGAAGUGUGAAGGAUGACGAUGCCUUAUUUAUUGGCACAACUUACGCUCGUGAUGACGUCAACAUCAACUUUUUUACGGGCUUGUGUUGUGUAGCUCAUUAGGACUCUACUUAGAAAGAAACGGGGCAAGACUGUUCAUACGUGAAAGGAAGCUUAGUGAUUGCUAUGUGACCUGUCAUUUAAACUAAUCUGUAAGAAAAAAUUUAGAUUGCAUACCACAAAAAAGGAACGAAGAGUGGCUGCAGCGUCAUGCGCCAGCUUUAUGGAAGAAAAAGAGCGACCAAGCGCUUCCAGUGUCCAGAAUGAACGCCGAAGAAGCGGUUCGAAUGGCGGUAGACUACGGUCGUCGCGCCGAAGCCGAAGAGGAGGCGCAGAACUUCGCCGAGGCCUUCCGGCUGUACAAGCAGGCGCUGUUCCUGUACUUCGUGGCUGCGCGGGAAAUUCGUGUCGAGAGCAGCGGCUACCUGCAGCGCACGCACGAGUUCAUCCGCUUCUUGGGGGCGCGGGCGGAUGGCGAUUACUCGACGGCCAGCUCGAGCCCAUCGCCCACGGAACAGCAGCACCGGCGACUCAGCAGCGGAAGCAGCCUCAGCGUCUUUCCGGCGCCCCACGGUCAAGAGGAGCACAAGGCGUUCCACACGGGUGGCGUGGUUGUGCUAGGCGAGGCGCAAGUACGCUGGUCCGACGUGUUUGGCCUCGAGGUGCUCAAGCGGGCGCUCAUGCUCAACGUGGUGUACCCCGUCAAGCACCCGGCGCUGUUUGAGAACGCCAAGCCACUCUCGAGCCUCAUGCUGUACGGUCCCACCGGCUGUGGCAAGUCGCACAUCGGUAAGGCACUGGCCACUGAAUUUAACGACUCGACCUUCUUCUACGUCAUGUGCCAGCAUUUCGCCUCCAAGUGCCUGGUCGGUAACGAGAACCUCACCGUGAGGACGCUGUUCGAGAUGGUCCUCAACCACGCCCCCAGUGUGCUCUUCCUCGACGAGCUUGACGCGCUCAGCGGAAGCGGAGUGAGCGGCGAAAAUUCGGGUUUUCUGUACAGAGUGAAGGCCGACUUCCUGAGCCUCCUGGAGGGGAUACUCUUCAAGCAGAAGGUCACCGUCAUUGGAGCCACCAAGUCGCCGUGGGCCGUGGACCCGGCGCUCGCGCGCGUCUUCCGGAAGUGGGUUUACGUUCCGCUACCGACAGACGACACCCGAGAAGUGAUGCUGCUGAGUGGACUCAAGGAUGUUCGCAAUCAGAUGUUAGACUCAGACGUCUACUAUCUCGUGCAGAAGACAGACGGGUACACGUGUGAGGAUCUCACAUUGCUCCAGAGGGAGGCCAAGAUGCAGGUCAGACAGAAGCUCAAGUCAGCGACUCACUUUGUCAAGGUCGAAGGCUAUAGGAGGCCUGGAAGCGCGUCAAAGACCGGCGACUUUCUCACGCCAUGCUCGCCGGACACUCCAGGAGCGAUCAGAUUGUCCUGGAAGGACAUUCCCAAGGAAGCCCUUUUAGAACCAGAACUGAGCUUGCAAGAUUUCGAGGCGGCGUUGCAGAAGUACCACGCCUCGGUGACAUCCAGCGAGCUUGAAAAACUGGACGCGUUCAGAACGAACCAGGAGUCAAAUUCUCACACGGUUCUGCGGGUCGACAUGAGUGCUUUCAAUGUAGGCCACAUGGCUGAAGACGACGCUGAAGCUGUAGUGGAAAACUGACGCUCGGUUUUUGGUUUUCGUUUUCGACAGCCUCAAUAAAGCUCGCCCAGGAGCCAGCAACAACGAAAUAGUGGGCGCCAUGCUAGAA